AUGGACGCAAUUGCCUUAGAGCAAUACAACAAGCUAGUGAAUGUCACGAGUAUGGAUAAAACUUGUGAAAAUACACUGAAACAAAUUUCGUGUAUGACAAUUUUCAAUGUGUGCGAAAUGGGAACUUCGGAGACUUUGUGUCUCGAAAGUUGUAUGAAGACCAUUGACUUUGACUGCAGUGUAAAUAUGACGAUUCCAAUUUCUGACAUUUGUGGAGAUGAAAGAAAUCCGUUGAUGGGUAUCAGUGAUGAAGGCAAGUGCUUUACCACGACGUAUAAUGGACCAGAUAAGGCCGUGUGGAUUAUAGGGUUUUCAAUUGCAGUCGUAUUUUCGUUUCUGGCGAGUAUUGGUAUCAAUUUGCAGAAGAAAGCUCUGAAACAGAAUGAACUGAUGUCUGAGCCGUUACCAGCGUAUCGAUUACCAUUAUGGUUAAUAGGCUUUAUCCUUUGUGCAGUGGGUUCAAUACUGGAUUUUGUUGCUUUUGGACUAGCUCCACAGAGUUUAUUGGCUCCAUUGGCGGCACUUACUCUUGUGUGGAACAUGGUGCUCGCACCUUGUUUUAACAAGGAAAAAUUAAGUAAAAAGGAUAUUGUCUCGACACUGAUCAUUUUUGUAGGGGCAACAAUUGCCGUUGUAUUUGCGUCGCACUCGUCGCCUUCGUACAACUUGAACAUGCUUUUGGAAUUGUACAGGGAUCCGCUUACUAUUGUGUAUUUUUGUAUUGUUUUCCUGACGAUAUUGGCUCACUAUGCUGCAAUUAAGAUCAUUCAUGACCUAUCUUUGACGAGCAAACGUCACCGGAUAAUUCAAGCGGGUACACCAAAUAUGUGGUCGACGAUUUGUCUCGUGGGAUAUGCUGGUCUUGCGGGCACAUUAGGUGGUCAGUCGGUUCUAUUUGCAAAAUCGACGGCUGAGUUGCUAAAAGGAGUAUUUAAUGGAGACACUGAUUGCUUACUGCAAUAUCAAACGUAUCUUAUUGUCGUGGGAUUAGUUAUAUGUCUGUGUCUUCAAAUCAAAUAUCUCAAUGGAGGUCUUGUGCAUUAUGACGCUCUUUCAAUGGUUCCGGUUUACCAAGCGUACUGGGUUAUUAGUGGUGUAUUAGGGGGCGUCAUUUACUUUCAAGAAAUUCGCUCGUUUUCAGUCUUACAAGCAGUCAUGUUUGUAUUUGGAAUUGGUAUUAGCAUCUUUGGUGUAGUACUCCUGUCUCGUCGUAAACAUGCACCGUCAGCGGUAUCUACUAAGAGUAAGUUUGAACGAGGGUUUAGCUUUACAGCAUCGGAAAGCAAACUUGAGCCGUUAAGAAAUUUGGAUACGCGAGUAACACGUGUCCCAGAAGGUGCAAUGAAUGUAGAAGAGAUAGAAAAUAAUAGAUUCGAGACAAGUACAAGUCGAGACUUGCUCUCGUCUAUUCUUGAAGCAUUAAGUGAAGAGAGUGCGACUGAAGGAUCAGACGAUGAUGUCGGUAUUCGUGGUCGACAAAGUGAAAGUGAAAUGUCUGAAUAUGCGAAUCGUCAAGCAAUCGAUAAUUAUCUCGAUAUGUCUACUACUGUUGGUUUAUCCGCAAUUUUAGGCGGGCUUGGAUUCACUCGUUCCGAAGAAAAUAGUCUCUUAAAUCGGCGUAUCUCGAAUCGGUCUUCACGAAGUACGCGACACAGUGUCGACGAUAUUGAAGUAGGUUUGCCAGCCGCCACGCGCGAAGCCAAUUCACACAAGUCAUUACCAAAACGACGCUCUAUCACAUUUUCUAAUCACAGAUCGACAUCGUAUAAAGAUGAGAUGGAUCAAGACAAGAAGAAAGAUGAAGACAACAGUUUGGUGUAA